UGCUGCUGUCUGAUUAUAUAUUGUUUGUCAGUUGGAAUCAAUUGAAGAUGGCUGCUGUUCUGAACCAUUGUGCACGUCGUUAUUUGUCGACCACCGCGGUCCGUCAGGCCGUCCAGGUGCAAGGCCCAUCCGCCGUCUCCGGCCUCCACGAAGGUGGAUACAAGCUGUGGAAGAAUGUGAGCUUGUUCGUCGCCGCUCCAGCGAUCGUCCUCUGCGGCGUCAACUGCUACCUGAGCCACACUCAGCACCACCACGAGAGGCCAGAGUUCGUCAAGUACGAGUACCUCCGUAGGCGCACCAAGAGGUUCCCAUGGGGUGAAGGCAACAAAUCCCUCUUCCACAACCCACACGCCAACGCCCUCCCCGACGGUUACGAAGAAUAACUUCUUUUGCACAACAUAUUAGUUACAAUUCAAUAGAAAAGAGAGAGAGAAGAGUUAAUGUGUAUGUGUAAUCAUCAUCAGAGGAAUAACAAAAUAAAGUUGAUUAGUUAAUUA